AUGCAGAAGCCUUUCUCUUUCAGCAGACCGGGUUUGCCGCUGGGCUCCCCCCAGCCGCACCUCUCAUUCUCGCAAGAUACGACCGUGAUGACAGGUGCAACCAACGCGUACGGCUUGGAGCCAAGAGUGGCGAUUGACAGGUUGGCAGGCAGUCACCCGGUGGUCGAGCUGGGCCCCCCUUGGCCCGCCCUCAUGUGCAGAGAGGUGCUCGGGGCCGCCCGGGCCGCCGCGCCGCUCGCCGGGAUGGGCGCGGCUUGCGGGUCGGGCUCGGCGGCGCCCGGGGCGGCCAGCGGCCCUGGGCGGCCUUCGAAUUCGGUCAUGACCAACGCCUCAAACAUGACGAACGGCUUUGCGAGUGGCCUCUCGAGCCGCCUGAGAGACAAGGCCGCGUCCAUGGAGACGAGGGCUUCGUCCCACAUCGAGAGGCACACGGGGAAGAGGCCCGACGAGUGGAGGGCGAAAGCGGCCGACCUCAUGACCGAAUUCAGGUCGGACUGGAAGGGCGCGGUGUGCAAGCAGAUGGAUGCCGCCCUGGCCAGCACGGAUUACGACCAGUUGAACCGGCUCCUGGACAGCGCUGGGCCAAGCCAUGCUCCUGGGAUCGAACAAGGUGCCCGAGUCCAUGGCUAA